CCAACUUGGAACAGAACCCCAUCGUGUCCGCGCGUUCGGCAAAAGUUUCGAGGAUUAAACCCGCGCGUCGCAUUUUAUUAAUUCGAUUUGUCGACAUCUCGACUUAGGCCACCCUUCGGGUCCGCGGGAGGUCGCGUUCGGGGGUUUCCGCGCGCGCUGAGCCUCACUGAAGUUGAAUCCAGAUUAGGCUAACGUUACAAAAACUGCUGACAGGGUUGUUUGGCGAGGGAGAGCGGUCAGCAUGUCGUCUUUCUCCGAGUCCGCGCUGGAGAAGAAGCUGUCUGAACUGAGCAACUCGCAGCAGAGCGUUCAGACUCUGUCUCUGUGGAUCAUUCAUCACCGCAAGCAUGCGUCCUUCAUCGUGCGCGUGUGGCACAGGGAGCUGAAGAAAGCGAAAAGCAGCAGGAAGCUGACGUUCCUGUAUCUGGCGAACGACGUGAUUCAGAACAGCAAGAAAAAGGGUCCCGAGUUCACCAAAGAUUUCGAGGGCGUCCUGGUCGAUGCCUGCUCGCACGUGGCCAGAGAUGGAGACGAAGGCUGCAAGAAGCACAUGGAGAGGCUGCUGAACAUCUGGCAGGAGAGAAACCUGUACCGCGCAGACUUCAUCCAGCAGCUCAAGCUGGCUAUCGAGGACUCGGACAGUCCCAAACAGAAGCCCGCAGCAGAUGACAGAAAAAACUUAAAAAGAAGCUACCAGAAGGUCCAGGAGGAAGAGGAGGAGGAAGAUGACGACUACAGAGGUCACUAUUCUCCUCGUGAGACAGAUGCAGCUGCUCCACAACUGACGGAGGAUCUGGUGAAAGCGCUGCAGGAUCUAGAGAACGCUGCGUCCGGAGACGCUGCCGUGAGACAGAAGAUCGCCUCGCUGCCGCAGGAAGUGCAGGACGUCUCUCUGCUGGAGAAGAUCACGGACAAACAGGCGGCGGACAAGCUGUCGAAGACGGUGGACGAGGCCUGCCUGCUGCUGGCCGAGUAUAACGGGCGCCUGGCCGCCGAGCUCGAGGACCGGAGACAGCUGGCCCGAAUGCUCACAGAAUACAUCCAGAGCCAGAAAGAAGCGCUCAACGAGAGGGAGAAGAAGCUGGAGGAAUACAAGCAGAAACUGGCUCGCGUCACGCAAGUGAGGAAGGAGCUCAAGUCUCACAUCCAGAGUCUUCCGGACCUCUCUCUUCUACCGAGCGUCACCGGCGGCCUGGCCCCGCUCCCGUCCGCCGGGACCUGUUCUCCACCGACUGAACCGUCUCCAAGACUCUGUACGAUCAGACACUGGGCUCCUCCUCGCCGACGUCAGGAGCGGAGCGAAGAUCACGCCGUUCGUUUUUUCCAUUAGUUCUCAGCUAAGCCUCGCCGAGAUCGAACCCGCCAGUCAUUAAACCGGACUCAGAGAGUGUGGAGGUUUCGUUUUUUUUUGUGACUUUGCCGUAGAAAGCGACUCCCUUUGCUUUGUCUUACACCCGUAGGUUUUUAGUUCUAUCGCUCAGCGUUCGAUCUCGCUCCAGUUUGGUUUUCGGGAAAGAGGCCGAGCGGCGAGGAUUCGGUUUUUAAACGCCUCACGAGUUCACGGUAUCAAGAGAAAGCGAUUUAGAAACCCGUCGUCAAAACCGAUAUAUUUUGGAUAAAAAAAAAAAUACUAAUAAUAACCUGACCCGUUUUUCUUGAAAUUAUUAUUUUGCUGAUGAAUUUGCGAGAAAACACAAGCGCGGUCGCAUUUUCUUUCUCGGUCACUGUAUGUUUACAGUGUCUCUCAUUAAAUGUGACUGAACACGUCCAGUACCUGAA